UGAUAUCACAGAUGAAAUCGCUGAGAGCUGUUAGUUGUUCAUUGAACUAAGGAGGUUACAAUUUAGAUUACAGCCUCGCUUUAGAAGCUGACUAGUCAUCUGACCUCCAACUCACGACCCGGCCCCCGUCUCUCUGCUCUCUUGCAGGUUUCUCUUUAAAGAAAGCCGAAUUAAGAGCUAAUACGAUGUUGCCCAUCCCGAAACAUCGACCUUUUAUUGGACUUUUGUGCCUGACUAUAGUCCCUCAUUUCGACUCAACACAGAAAAAGAAUACAGCGCAAAAUUUCAUUUGUGGAUUUUAAAAUUAGUCUUGUUGAUAGCUCCACUCGGACUCCGGAGUAAUGCGACACGAAAGGAAAGUGUACAAUCUUCUCUAGACACUGGAUAAACAUACAGCUCCUGUGUUUAAAAGGGAGUGUUAUCAAGGUAAGAUACCACUGGACGGCGGAUCGUUUCGUGUCUGGAGGAAUACUCUAGGUGUAGCGGAGGACUAGAGUAUGGCCAGUUUUUGUGUGCACACAAACUGUAGCGACAGUAAAAACUACGGGUAUAUAUGUCUCCACAGGCAAAUAUACGGGUAAGCUAACUCCCUAGACAUCUGACUUACCCACCCGACCUCCUCUAUGGAGAACACGGCACCCCCCUAGCGACCAAAUAGGUGCACAGUGCAGCCGGCUAGGAAAGUGCCAUUUUUUUUAUCUUUUAUGAUGAAAGUUUGUUCAAAGAAUUGGGGCUAGUCUGUGAGGUUCUCAUCUCAGACAACAUCUGCGAAGUACAUCGGUGUAGAAGCCAACACGGGAGUUUUAUUACCUAAGUGAGAAUAAGAAAAGAUCCACAUUCUACACAUUGGUUGGUCGCCUGGACUUCGCUCUACGUCUUCAACACAUUUCACAAAUGAUCAUUUUUUGAAGGAGUUGGAAUUCAGUGAUUCAAGCAGGUAGUGCUGCCAAGAACUAAACAAAAGUAUAGAAUGCUUUGAACGACCGAUUGAAAAAGUCUUGUGUGACAAUGAAUAUGGUACAGAAGAUAUGUGUUGUUACUGCAAUCGUUGAAUAGAUGUAUGCGAAGUGACAGAAGGGACAUCCUCCCACGUUGAAGAGGUGGCAGGAGAGCGACACGACCAUGCGUAUUCAAGGGAUACUAAUAUGUCUUUAUUUUUAUCUUAUCUUCCCGACCAAUAUAAUUGGCCUUUGGUGGGCAGUUGGUAGCCCCCUGGUGAUGGACCCGAACAGCAUCUGCCGCAAGACGCGGCGGCUCGCAGGUAAACAGCGCGCCAUAUGCAGGAAGGAGCCGGAAAUUGUUGAAGAAGUCGCAAAAGGAGCAAAGAUGGCUCUUAUUCAAUGUCAGUAUCAGUUCCGUAAUCGUCGCUGGAAUUGCACAACAGCUCGUCGGUCAAUAUCAAAGAUUCUACGAAAGGAUACGAGGGAAGCUGCAUUUGUCUACGCAAUUACCGCUGCCGGCGUGGUGUUUGCCGUGACGGAGGCAUGCAGCACUGGGCGCUUACUCCAGUGUACCUGUGAUAACAACAUACGGGAUGUUGCUACUGAUGGCGAGUGGGAAUGGGGCGGAUGUGGAGACAAUGUGGAGUUCGGUUACCAGAAGUCAAGAGAAUUCAUGGAUGCUAGACGUCGCAAGAAGCGACGGGGUGACGUCACAACGCUGAUACAACUGCAUAAUAACGAAGCUGGAAGACAGGCCGUUACCCGCCAUAUGAGAAAGGAAUGCAAAUGUCAUGGCUUGUCCGGUUCGUGCACGCUCAAAACAUGCUGGCGAAAGAUGCCUGUGUUCAAAACAGCCGGAGAUGUUCUUAAAAAGAAAUUCGAUGGUGGAGCUAAGGUUAUAAUUACAAAUGACGGUAAAGGACUAAUACCCGAGGGGGACACAAUAAAACCUCCAGCCAAAGACGACUUGGUCUAUUCAGAAGAGUCGCCCAAUUUUUGCAAAAGGAGCAAAAGAUUGGGAUCGUUAGGGACAAAGCAUCGCGAAUGUAACCCCGACUCCCAGGAUGUAAGUGGAUGUGACCUGUUGUGUUGUGGUCGCGGAUAUACCAAAACGGAAGUGACCGUAAAGAAGAACUGCAAAUGUCAGUUUAUUUGGUGUUGUGAGGUUGAGUGUGAAACAUGUGUGUCGGUGGAGACGGUUCAUCGCUGCUCCUGACACCCGCAGCACCAAACCGCAGGUAAACUCUGUGCUAUGACCAGCAGUUGCGGCAUUUGUAGAAUAUUGUCAAGUAUCUACCACCAGUGCCUUUAUAACAGUAGGACCAGCAUGAAGCAGAGAUGGACAUGAUACUGUGAGGACGGCACUGAGACACAUGCCAUAUGUUGUCAUGCCAUGAAGACGUGCACUGUAGGCACCACUGACAACCCGUUCCUUCCACUGUGGACAUGGGACGACAAUAGUUACGAUAUUGUGUCUGCUGUAGUGUUGUACAUAGGCUGCAUCUUGUAAAACAUGCUUUCAUCAAGCUAUAUAGUACGUGACUGAGAGUCAAGUGGGAAUAGUGCCAUUGGGAAAUGAUAUGUGGUUUGUUAAGAUUUGCAUCCAGUUUGCGCUUUGCUUUCUGCUAAUCGUGAUGUCAAUACUACUGCGAGUUUUAAUGGUUUUUUUGAGAUUUGCGGUAAAGGGCUGUGAGUGUAGAAAAUGUAGAUGUGAUAUCUAUAAGCAUAUCAGAUACAUGUAAUUAUAUUUAAUUGUAGAGUAUAAAAUUCAUGGCAUUUCUGCCUCAUUUUAUUUCCUUUUAGUAAUUUCUCUUGUUUUAGUUCUUGCCAAGUGCAGUUCUGAGUCAACGUUGCUAAUUUACGCUUUUGUCAAUCCGUAUUGUGAUCUGGAGCUUUCAACAACGCCACUAAUGUUGGUGUGUUCUAAUGCUUUAUUGUACAUAUUGAUUUAUUACAUCGAUGUUAAGCUGUUAAUUGAUGUUCUACAGGAAUCUCAUUGCACAAUAAAAUAAAUCAAAUGACACAUGAAA